AAUGACAAUAGAUUUGAAUCUCUUCUAGCAGAUAAAUAUCUCCUACCAGUUGCGUGUGGCCACUCUGAAGUGUAAGGAUUCACUUUUUGCUAUUUUCAAUGAACAUUCACAGCCCGUUUGUUUAGCAUGCUGUGUACUGAUCGAGUGCCAUUGAUUGCAAUAGCAAAUCUCAAUGGACUCUACUCAGAACAUUGACAGUAAGAAUGACAGGACAACGAAUACGAUGGAGCAAAAGGCGCUUUCAGAUGCACCAAUAUAUAUGAAUAUUAGAGGACAUCACAAAGUGUCCAGUACGCAAAAUGCAACCAACAAGGAAGAGAGCACAGAAUCUCCAAUUUAUGAUCACAUUGAUAUGAACCCGAUGCAAGAAUCAAGUAAGAAGUCUGAUCUGGACCUGGAUAGCUAUAUAGCAAUGAUUCUGCACGCAGGCAAGGAAUCGCAUGCCGGCGCCACUUACCAGAGCAGAGACUUCUCUGCCGUCUGUAUCGAUGAUGAUGGAGGCGUGGUCUCCCUUGAUUAUUACGGUGUAACACUCCUCCUUCCACUACUUAGCCUGCAAGAAUCAUGUGUAACCAUCUUUUUGUACAUGGAGCGCACAACUACCAAGCGUGUGCAUGGUAACCCUACGUACGCAUCUCCAGUCAUUCGCGUCGGAUGCAUCUCAAAGAAUAUGUCAACACUAACAUUUAAAGAACACGCCAUUUUAUCGUUGCCAUUAUUCAACAAUAAACAUAUUCUACCUUUUUACCAGCAAGGUGAAAAAUUUACUGAGGUAUGGACUGGACUCUCUGAUGAAAACACGUCAAUCAGUGAUGGAGUUAGAUGUACCAUUUCAAUUGACAAGACUGGUCUUUAUACGUGUUUGAAUUACACGUCUAAUGACAUCGAAGCAUGUGCCACAGGGCGUAGGGUUCUUCCAGUGCAAUGUUCUGCGUUUGUUGGCAGACUAUCAACAGAAGAUGUUCGUAUUGAAGUUGCAUUCUGGUUGAGUUCUGAAACUCAGUUAGCAAAGGUCAUACAGAAACAAAAUACUGUUCAUAUGAACCUUUGUGAUGGGUCACGUGAGCUCCUAAUUGAUGUCAGCCACACGUCAAUGGACAAGUCUCUUGUUGUUGACGUCACAGGAACGUGUGAUGGUUGGAUAGUGUAUGGAGGAAAACAGAAGCACAUACCGUUAUCAACUAUUCAUGAGGAGCUGAAGAGGCCCGAUAGUUUGUACACAGUCGACUUCAAGUUUACCAGGAACACAGGCUAUGAGGGUAAACUUUCUUGCAAACUCAGAACUUAUAUUAAAGACCAUGGUGGAGAAAGACAAAGGUUAGCGCUCUUCCGAUUCAACUGUAUGAGGAAGAGCUCAACGCCAUUAGAUUUGACCGUUGAAAAGGUCGAAAACAGCAGAUGCACUGUCCAAAACCCAGGCCCUAGGAACAUAUUGGAUAUUUUUGAAAGGUGCCUGGAACAUGUCACAAAAAUCAUAUCUUCAAAUUUGAAUGGGGUUUGGGAAAAACGCUUUGCCGAAUCUUUAAAUAUACCUGCAAGUUUAGUGAAAUCUGCCGAAGAAAUCUGCCUAAUCGAGAAAGCUCUGUAUGUGUUCAUCGGAAGUCGGAUUGCCACAAUGGCCGACAAUGACAUCGUAUUCGACUUUAUCUCAGCAUCAAAUAAUAUAUAUAAAGAACUUGAAAGCGAAGCAACGGAGAGGAGAAAAAACCAUGCUGCUAAAUCAUUAAGUCUACCACAGGGUGCAAAGCUAACUAAGCCAAGGUAUAGGACUACAAGCUGCUCGGAUGAUAUGCAUUCAGCACACCUGUCCAGGAAUCCGGUAACUCCGGCUCCUCGACGUCAAUCAGUAUCGUACCAUUGGUGCCCUGAAAUGGGUAAAGUAGUUUGUUGUGAUAAAGAUGUUGCUGCUGCUUCCCCCAAAUGUAUGCUACCAGUACAUGAAGACAACGGUACCUCAUCUUCCAACCACCAUUAUGAAGAAUCAAACUCAUAAAAUUAGCUGCUGCAUAGUGAAUAGGUAGUUGAUGCAUCUUCAACCGCAAACAAGUGUUAUCCACUAGAUGCUAUUGAUGAUACACAUAUUGUGAAAGCAUUGUUACAUCCUCCUCAUAUAAAGAGGUCACUACGUGGUGAAGACAUUAAUCCAUCUUGCACAACAAACAGCCACUCUAAAAAGAAGCCAUUAGGAGAAUCUACAAGAAGUCAGCCUCUGUAUAUAGUAUGGUGAAGAUGUAGUUGACAAAUUUGUCAAAAAACUAACAAUAAAAUAGUGGAGGUGAUGCAUCCACUUCUGAAAUUACUCUAGCUAUCAACUCACUUUUGAUGAUUCAUCAGACUAAGAGUUUCAGAAUACAUGUACCGUAUUUACUCGAAUCAACCCCUGCUUUGAUAAAGUAAUGCGUUAUGCUCACGCAGUAACACAUUUUGACGGUAAUUAUGUGUUGUAAUUCCACAUUUACUGUGAGAAAUUAGGGGGGCACUUAUUUGAGAAUAUAUGUAUCAAUUUUACACUAAAAAAAUAAACACCUCCCUUAAAUAAAAGCGCCCUCAAAAACUCUUUUCAACAACUACUGCCCCGGUGUGUUUAUUCCAAUAAAUACACGCGGUAUAUGAAUCACAAAGGGUAUAUGAAUCAUAGAGGUUUGCAUCAUGUUCUUUGUCAGUACUCUCAUGUAUAUAUAUAUCAUAUUCAAUAUAUCCCAAUGUGACCUAGAAACAUACUGAAAUAUACUUUUUUUGAAAGCAGGAACCCAGAUUUUGAUAAAUUAUUGAUCAUUGAUUGGUGUUAAUGUGGAAGAGAAACAUAAAUUCCUGUAACGAUACACCGUAGCAAUACACUGGAUGCUAAGUUCAUUCAAAAUAACAGCCAAUAUAUUCUAAUAUACCCAGCACAUUGAAUACAGUAUAACCAACAGCUUCAUGAUACAAUAUCUUGCUCAUUUGACCUACAUCGUAUAAGGUAAUUUAAAUGCAACUAGAUUCAAUAGUAUAUAUGUAUCAACCAAGGCAUAUAUAUUCAUAGGAUAUAUUUAAUGUCUACUUCAGUACUGAUUUGCAGUACUAUAACAAUGUAUUUCUAUCAGUCCACUAAACAUAGAAUUUUUCCAUGAAAAUACUAGGUUAGUAGAAGCAGUGUUACCAGUAUAUGUUAGUGACACUUGUAAAGCAAAUUUUUAAUCAUUUUUUACAUGCUACACUUAUGCGUUUACCUUCAGACAUUUGUAUGCUGUACCUAGAGUCAAAUUGUGAGUUCACAUCCUACAGAAUCAAUGUGCAACUACAUCAGUUAAUGAUUUUCGUAAAAUUACUACUGGGUGAGAAAGACCAUUUAAAUAAUUCAACACAACCAACAAAGUAUAUAAACAUACGAUGAAAUUUAAAGACUUAAGAUAAAUGUGAUGAUAAGGUGACCAUACAUGCAAAACAAUGGUUACAAAAUAACAAUGUAAUGCAACAUAAUUUGAGAACUUUUUUUUUACUUUUGAAAAAAAUACAUACAUUAAAAUUAUAUAUAAAAAACUUGUAACAGGAGAAAUAAUUGUAUUAUAGUUUAGAUAUCUGUACUGUUUUUUUUUAAAGAUAAACAGUCUGGUGAAAUAUAACUUUGAUAACAGAUAUAAGUUGAACUUGCUUAAGUUGAAUCCAAAAUGGCAUUAAAAAAUUGUUCGACCCGACUUAGAUAAAAUUUGACUUACAGAUCAAUAAUUAAUCCAAAAGAAUUUGGCAUGAAAAAAAAGAUCGACUUGAAAAAUUAUUUGAGUUAGGCAAAGUCAACUUAGGCAAGUUUAACUGCAAUUUAACAUUACACUGCUUAAUUAAAUAAUUAUGCAAGUUAUCAACUGGCAAUUAAUAAAUGCAAUUUUUGAUGUUUACUAAAUAUUUUCUCAAUUUUUAAUUGAAUGUUAAUAACUUAAUUAAAUAAACUGAGCAAUUCAAAUACAGCUCUCCCUCUAAUUGAAGACCACUUUUCUGUGGUCUCAUAUUAACUAAUGUUUUCAUAAUCUAAUUAGAGAUCAAAGCUGCUAAAGACCAUUAAAACCCACUCCCAAAAGUGCUCUUUCAUUGAAGGGACACCUGUGUAUUAAAUUAUUUUUAGUUCAUCACAGACCUUUAACAUGUCAUUAUGGGACCAAUUUGAAGACAGAUAUACUGGUAAUAAUACAUAUACUAGACAAAACAUCAAGGAGCAUUUUUAUUUUGCUGACAAAAUAGCCAAACACUUGCGCCACCAUUCCAAGACUUACUAGAGUAGCCCAACAUUUUGUUUGAUGCACACUAUAGCAAUUAACAUUGGAAUUAUGGUCGGGAAUUUGGAAAUGCUACCUUGAAGGCGUUCCACGUAUAAUUAUUUGUAGAUAGAUACAACCAUGGAUCUAAUGAAAUACUUUUGAUGGGAAUCACCCCUAACACAAGACCACAAUGAUUGAAGUGAAACAACUUUAUACAUGCUGCACUCCUCAAACCCUUCCAAAAUGCCCCUCAAAGGUACAAAAAUAUCACAAGUAAUCACAUGAUUAUAUAAUAUAAUAUACAUAAUAUGUGCUUUAAACUAUAUAACAAAAAUACUCUUUUUAAUAAUUAAAUGAACUCUUUUUGGCAAUGUAAACAAUAGUGAAUAUAAUAUCAGUUUUAUGCACACCAUUGACAUCUAAUAGCAAUCUGUUUAAUAUACUCUUAAAUAUUUAUUUUUUUAAGGUAACUUUUUAAUCAACAUUAAAUGAUUUAACACAUAUGCAACUCUAAAUAAAAUUUUCAUAAGGAUAAAAAAUAUUAUAGCACUAAGCUACUAUAAUUGGCACUGUUAAAUGAGUGUAAAAACACAUCUGUUAUUUACCAACACAAGCUUUCCUUGUUCUAUCUAGAUGGGUGAAUAAAUUUAAAAUUGUUAAACGAGUUUUCUAUCUAUUUAGGUCAAGUUAUUGUCAAAGGGUGAAUGCAAGUUACUGCAGAGGUAAUCACCCAAUAACUCUAGAUUAUUGACAGCAUUCACACAUUGCAUACUUAUUUACUAUAAUAAGAUCAAAUUUUAAACGGUGGUCAGUGGAUGUACGACAUACAAGCCAAUUUAGUUCAAAUUCCAGCCCUGUGUGUGAACAGCUAAGUAGAUUUGAAGGCAUUUUUCAAUUUAUCUUUUCUCUUGCUAAGCAGAACAUCCUUGUUUCAUAUAAUUAGCCUAGCAGGACCAAAUCUACACCUUAAGCAUGUACACAUCAAAACAUGAACCAUUAACAAAAUAGAAUGAACACAUUUUACUGACAGAUGGAAAGAAUAUCUUUUACUGUUAACAUUCAAGUCUCCUCAUUAGAGCAAAAUCUUAUGCAACAUUAUUUAAUCACAUGCACUAUAAUGAUGGAUAAUUUCAGAAUCAAGAUUACCUAUUUUGGCCUUUCUCUUAAAAGUAGUGAAUUAACUUGCUUACAACACAAGAAGUCUGCAGAAGUACUAUGGUAAUCGGAAAAAAUGUCUUACAAACAGGCGGACGGAGAAAAAAAAACAGCAAAAGAAACAACACAGGAAAAAAAUGAGACGGUGAUGAUGAUUGCAUUGUUAUAAGGUAUAGAGAGGGUUUUAAAGUUGGAUAAAAUUGACAAUUUGUU